UUUAGACUUAAGAACAUAUCAAAUUCUAGCAUAAUACAUUUUAAAUAGUAUUGAGUAAAUAUGUGCAAGCCUAUAGGAUCUGUUGUAUGCUGUUGCCUGGAAUGCGGCCUAAGACUUCUCUUUAUGCUUAUUUGUUCGAUCGUGGGCAUACUUUUGGUAAUUGGAGUUAUUGUCUACUUCGUUUUUUUCCACGAGUCAACCCGCAUUGACUCUAAUAAGUUUCGAAACCUAGGUGAUGAAAUUUACAGAAAUCGAUUCAUGAACGGUUGAAAUCUGUACGAAUUUAUAUGUAUGACAUCACAAUUUAUUGAUAGAUCAAAAUUCUUAAGCUGUAGACAAUUUAUUAAACAUUAUUUUUAUUAUCGUUGCAUUCAA